AUGGAACCGAUCACGGAAGCUCAAGAAUGGACUCUACGGCGCUGGGUCGCGACGAAAGGGAAUCGAAGGCCGGGGAAGAAAGAUAAAGCCUUCCUCCACGCUGAGAAAGGGCUGAGCGGGGAACAAAUUGACUUUUGGUGGGAGAACGUUGAGCCUUCGAAGCAUGGCGAGAACACUGCGGAAUUGCCGGCACAAUCUGUAUACGGACUUUCCAGCAGUACCUCAGUCCAAGACUCUGGUCUCCUGAACGGCUCCAAUCAAAAUCCAUCUUCGAAUCAGUCUUUUCAUACCGACGCUCAGUUUGUGCCACUGGAUAUGGAUAUGGACUUUUCACAAGAGAUCCAGAAUUGGUCUCCCAUUGAGUUUCCCCAAGACGAAACCUUCCCCACGAUAGAGUCCUUCAACAUCGAUAGCUCCGAGCACCAUACCUCAUGGUCAACCACGGAAUCCCUGCCUUUACUUUCCUCCAUAGCGGACCAUGGAAGAAAUAUGACAAGGGUGGAACGGUCUUCUUAUUCAUCCUCGUUGCGAACAUGGGAUACGACAUCGACACUGGUCUCUGUCUAUGAUCCGAACUUGGACGAUAUGGUGCUCGAGGAUACCGAGACGGAUAUAAAUAAGACCAUCAAGCCCACUGAACUAGAUAAGAAGAAAUCGACAGGUCUUGGAUCCAAGUUUUCUCCUUUCAAACCAAUACCCGAGGAAGAGGGGUCUCCUUGCCCCCGUUAUCCAUCCGACACCAAAAUACUUUCAUCGUCAAAAGCCCCCCAAAAAGUCCCCAUCAAACCCCUUAAAUCACAACCAACCUACCUUUGCACCGUCUGCCACCGACCCUUCUCUCGCAAAGGUGACUGGCGCCGGCACGAAGAGUCCCACGACCCACAAACAUACUGGAUAUGCAUGCUAACGGACCCGGCCAUUCACGUCUCCAGCGGCUGGAUGUGCGUAUUCUGCGACUCUAUCAAGGCCACCCGGAACGAUAUCGUCUUACAUCUCACGAAGAGGCAUAAGAUUAAUGAGUGCACGAAUAAACAUAUUUCAAAUAGGAAGUGGGGGAGAAAAGAUAAGUUGAAGCAGCACUUGCAGCAGAUGCAUAAUUUGGCGGAAGGGGCAACUGGGUGGAAUGAGUGGCACUGUGAGCCGCCGAAGAGGAAAUGGGCUUGGGGGUGUGGGUUUUGUGGGGGUUGCUCGUUUACUUGGGAAGGUCGAGUCACCCACGUCGCUGAGCAUUAUGAGAGGCAAAAUCUCAACUCCUUGCAAUGGUCCCCGUCACUUGUUGUGAAAGGGCUGCUAAAGCAAGUGUAUCCCGAUUUUGACGUCGCAAGUGCCUGGAGGUCCCUUAUUGGUCGUGCGCCGAAUGGGGACCGGUAUUUGCAAUGGUCCAAAGAGGAGGCCAAUACCUUGAGGCGGAAAUUGGAAUUCCAUGAAGGUACUCCCGGAGCGAUUGCUACAGAGGCACAAGCAAAGGGUGCAGAGUUGAUGGGGGACGUUGAUAACUUUGCUUGGACCGAGGUAGACUCCCGAGUUGCCACCCUGACUUCACCAAUCGAUUAUAUCGAAGUUGAAAAAGGUUCAUGGGGUAAAACCUCGAAAGACGUCAUGUCUCAGACCGGGAGAUCGUCCAAACAAGCUUCAGCAGCAGCCGGAGACUUUGGCACUUCGAGCGGCGUGCCUAAUUUCAUCUAA